AUGUCAAUCGUCGGUAACAUCAUGCAACAACCGUUAAGCGACGCCUCGACGGUUGCCGUUAGCUCGACCUUGAGCGAGCAGGAGCCAGACUUGACUACGAACACGCAACUUGGGAAAGCCCUUGUACAGAAAGACGCAAGCGAACGAUCGUCCAUUUGUGUGUUACGUCGUUGCAUACUCGAGUGUCAUUAUCGAAACGAACAGGACAAGAUGGUGCAGUUUAAAGGUCUUUAUGUCGUACGUGGCCCGACGGAUUCCAAACACGUGCGUUAUACGAUGGAGAUUACAGUAAAUGAGCUACAGCUACAGGGACGCUGUAUCCAACGCUUUCACAGCUUUUUCCUGCUACGUAAAAACCUUCUUGAGGUGUUGAAAACCUGUCGUGGUCGUCUUCCAUCCGCUUUGCCUAGAGUCGAACAGGAGCCGCAACUUACAGCCGGUGCAGAGCUGGUGAAAAUCCUCUCUCGUCCUCGAUGUAUUCAAUGUUCUGAGUGCGAGUCAACGUAUGACCAGCUUCUUGCAAUCCAUUUUCCACGUCGUACGUUGUUUCCACCAAGUCUCCAAGAUGUGAAUGAGAGAUCGCAAAUGCUCGAGACUUUUCUGGACUAUUGUGUCCGCCUCGCUACGUCGUGGCCUGCUUGUCAGCGCAGCCAACGGUUGUUUACCGCUGCGCUGGGCAAGUUUCUUGGAAUGGACAUGAAGGCGUAUCUCGUGGCACAGAAAGAAGAUGACACUGUCUCGGACCGUCGUACAGUCGUUAGUGUCAACAUUCACGAUGAUAAAGAGCAGUCGAACGAGUCACUCAAGACAAAGUUGAAAUCCCAAUCAAGCGACUACGAAGACGAUUGUCGCUCGGAACCAAAUUUUUCUUUCAUCUCGAAUCCGCCAAAGGAAGACAUUAAAGACGCUGGUCUUGUGCGCUCAAAGUCGCAUUGCUAA